AUGACGAUGUUACGGUCGACUGCAUCUGGCUGCUUGCUGCUGGCACUGCUUUUGCUGCGAGCCGAUGGGGCAUCCAAAGUCAAGUUCUGGCAGAACUGUGCUGCCCGGGGCCUUUGCGACAAGCGAUACGAGUUCAGGGACCUGCGCAUCCACGAGAGCCCGGAAGGCUCCCCGAAGGGCAACUUCAAACCCUUGGGCCACCCCGACUUUCUGGACUCCUGGAAUGGGGAGGUUGAUGUUUUCACGGAGCCGCCAGAUCAGAAGACUUUCUGGAAGAAGUAUCACAAACAGCGAAGGCCCUUCAUCGUGAAAGGAGCCGGCCGCCUUUCUCCAGCCAUGAACUGGACAGAUCAGUACAUCAUGGACCACUUUGGCAGCGAGGUUGCCAAGGUGGAGUGGCGGAACGAAGACCGCCUCACGGACUACUGCGGCCAAGACAUCAAGGGCGAGACAAUUCACUGCCCUAAAGACACCAUCCCUUACGUCGAGUCGCGCACCAGCAUCCGAAACUUCAUUCGCAAGAGUCGCGAAGACCCGAGCUGGGCCAAGUAUAUCAUCUCACAGAUGCCGGAUGACAUGGGCAAGGAGUGGAAAGUCCCGAGCUUCAUGAACUGCGGCAAGCGGCCCCCAGGUGGACAUGUCAAGGACAAGCCGUGGAUGACGCAACUGUAUGAGAACAACUUCUGGUAUUUGCGGGUGCCGCCCGAGAUGAUGGGAACAUCUACCAUUCACUACGACAUGAACCACCAGAUUAUGUGUGUCUUUGCCGGAAAGAAAGAGUGGAUCAUGUGGGACCUGCAGACCGAAGCAUCGAAGAUUCCAAUGUGGAACGACUACUACCGGCGACCUUCCGAAGGAAAACCUCGCGGCUCGGAUGACUCCCCCAUCGAUGGCGAGCGUGUCGACUUGACCCGCUGGCCCGAGUUUGCCAAAGCGAAGUGGAGCAACACCACCAUUGAGAAGGGCGAUUGUCUCUACACCCCAGCGCACUUGCUGCACUACGUGCGUUCCUGGAGCAAUGAGGCCGACGACUACCGGAACAUCGCCCUGAUGACGAUGUUCCAAACCGAAGAGGCCUUCGAUCCUGCACACUGCUCUGAUGUUCCAGACUACGUCUCGUUGAGUGAGUACGAUGUGAUGUGGGGAGAGUUCCCUGGUAGCAAAGCCGUGCCGCGGUGCAUGAAUCAUAUUAAGAUGGGUUAUCCGAAUUGGAAGAGACUCCUCCAGCAGCUUGCAAAGAAGGAACUCGACGAAACAUCGUUCAUCAAGUACUGGAGAUCUCGAGACAAAUAUCCCAAGAAACAGAUCAAGGCAGCCUGGAAGCGCUUCAUGUCCGAGGAGCUCGAAGGAACCUGGGCUGAGAAGGUCUUCAACAGCACGUCGCUGGCACAACUGGCGAAGGACCUGAGCUGUGCCAUGGAGGGACUCGAGGGACCUGAGCGCAAGCUCCGGGAUGGUGAGUCCUGGGAUGCGCGGAACGAGUACUCCCUGGCUGGCAGUACUAAGGGCUACACCGACGAAAGCCACCAAGAAUUGUAA